AUGGCAGCUCUGGGUGAUCGCGUGAUGCCGCUCUCCUUAACCGAGCUGACAGCUCCCGCCGAGGAGGACAACCGGAUGAAAAGGUGCGGGGCCUACUCUAUACGAAGGGCGGAGAAAAGACAACUUGAAAUAUUGGAGAAGGAGGGGAGACGGUCAAAAAGAUCAGACAAGAGAGACAAGAAGAGUCGGUGGAACGAGCGCAAGGUAGAUGACGAGAUCGCGGACUUGCAACGCGAUGUGCAUGAUAUGAAGGAAAGAAUGCAAUACUCGGACACAAGACAGCCGAAUCAAGCAAGAACUGGCCGCGAAUUGCAGCGAGAGUUAAAGGGGUCGGAGAGGAAAUUGGCCCAGCUGGAGAAAGACAGAGAAUACAAUGCGUCUCGGACAAGCGGCAAAGAAGAAAGAAGGCAAGCUAGACGAGAUGGGAAGAAAGUGAAAAAGGUCAAGAAGCUCCACUGUCUAGGCGAUGAGGAGCACGACCUGGACUGGGAAGAUGAAUAA